AAAAAAUUCAUUAAGCUCUUCAAAAAUCAAAAACAUACUUCAUCUUUGAACAAAUACCAUGAAGCCCCAAAGUUAAAGAAGCAUUAAGAAAAAGAUAAAAAAACACAUCAUACAAAUAAUCAUACUAAAUGAGAAAAAUCUUAGUUCCCCACAUAAUACUAAUCAAUACCUCCUAACAAAACAUACAAGUUGUGAAACAAGUCCAGAAACAGAAGUGAAAGAACCCGGGAGUAUGUUAUCAUUUUUAUUAAAUGAAGAAAGACCUUAAAUAUACUCAUCUCAUUCUAUAAUCUCUAAAUCAGAAUAAAUUAUAACAAAUUGAAUUGAGCUCUUGUUAAUGAAUUGUGAUUUGCUAUAAUACUCAAC